AUGACGAACCCGUUUCAUGGUGCUCCGCGUUAUUCAGACUCCAACAAUCCUUCCGGCGGCUCUGGUCUUCUUCCACGACGCUUCUCCUACGCCUCAGUCGCUUCUGGCCCGCCAUCGAACUCUAACCCACCGUACCUCUCCCACCCCGGUCGAACUUCUGUCAUCGCCCAGAUCUUGAACUCCUCCGACGACAUUACCUUCGAAUCAGCCUCGACCAGUUACGAUCCGAACAGGGGCGGCGAUAUGGACGGCGACAGCAACGGCGUCAGCCUCGACAGGGCGUCUCGGCGAUUGUCGCGGGGUACCCAGUCCCAAUCCUUCUCGAGGGCCUUCGACAUGUUCAAAUCAGGCCCAUCAGGUGACUCGACGGGCGCCACGAAUGGGCAGGGGAACGGAUUCUUCGUUCCCGCGUACCUCGCCGGUUCGACGUACGUUCAGCGGCUGGAAGACGCGCACUGGACAAAGGUGCAGGCGCAGAAGGAGUCUCAGGCUGCGCAGGUACAAGCCGCGGGAAACUUGACGACGAGCGCUAGCAGCGUCAGCCUUCACGGCAAGCCGGCCUCACAUCGCGGUGUGAACUACGACGUGAUCGAGAAGCCCCCCGCCUUCGAGGAGGACGAUUCGUUUACCCCGCUGCCCACAAGGUGGAACCGAGACGACAAGUAUGGAGCUUUGGAUAUCCUGUCAGAUGGUUUGGAAGUCCGGUACAUCGGGCCAAGGGGCCAGACGGAGCGCGAUCACGAGGCUUUCAGCAUACGUGCCGACAACCACAUGCCGCCACAGUGCGGCAUGUAUUAUUUCGAAGUCCAGAUACUAUCGGGGAAACGAGACGAUAUGACGAUUGGCAUCGGGUUCUCGGCGAAAACUGUGGCCCUCUCGCGGCCCCCGGGUUGGGAGCCGGAUUCGUGGGGAUAUCACAGCGACGAUGGGCACUGUUAUGCUGGACAGAACGGCGGCAAGACCUACGGCCCUCCAUUUACGGCGUCUGAUGUCAUUGGAUGCGGUAUCAACUUCCGCACCGGUUGUGCUUUCUUCACUAAGAACGGACAUAUGCUCGGCACUGCGUUCCGCGAAAUCGGAAAGGGAAGCAACCUCUAUCCCACGGUAGGACUCAAAAAGUCAGGAGAGCACGUCCGCGUCAACUUUGGCCAAACACCCUUCGUUUUCGACAUCGAGGGUUUGAUGAUGGCAGAAAAGGCGCGAAUCCUGAACGAGAUAUCCGAGACGAGCACGACAGGCCUUGCACCGCCAAUGAACGAGACCGAGCUGAUUCAGUCCCUGGUAUUACAACUUUUGCAACAUGACGGCUAUGUGGAGACGGCGAGAACCUUCGCGGAGGAGAUCAACUCCGAGAAGAGAGCUUUGAGCUUGGAUCCGGAUGCUCCCAUCGAAGGCAUCAACGUUAAGGACGACGAGCACGCAAACAAGAGGCAGCGCAUUCGAAGAGCUGUGCUCGAGGGCGACAUCGACAAGGCGCUUAAGCACACCAACGCUUUCUACCCCCAGGUUCUAAAAGACAACGAGCAGGUAUACUUCAGGUUACGUUGCCGCAAGUUCAUCGAGAUGGUCCGAGCCGGCGCGGAGCUGAGAGCAUCUUUGGAGGGCAAGAAGAGUAACGGACAUUCCGCAGUCGAUCUGAGUGCGUCGGCUAUGGAUCUCGACGCAAAUGGUGCAGAGAACGGUGCGUGGGACCAGAUGGACACCGAAGACUCCGAGGGCGCUCCUAGCAGGAUCGAGACCCUCGAGUUGGAGACUCUGCAGUAUGGUCAAGAUCUUUCGGCGGAGUUUAGGAACGAUCCCCGGCGCGAGGUUCAGAAACACUUGCAGGACAUCUAUUCCCUGCUCGCCUACAGCAACCCACUGAUAGAGAAGGACGUCGCCCACCUCCUUGAUAGGAAAGGUCGUAUUACGGUGGCAGAGGAGCUCAACUCUGCAAUUCUCUUGUCGUUGGGUAAAUCGUCUCGUGCCGCUCUCGAGACGUUGUAUGCUCAGACAAGCGUCCUGUUGGACGAUUUGCGAGAAAGCGGCGGACCAGGCGCCUUCGUCUCGUUACAGGAUGUCAUCGACGAUAUCCCACAGUCUCAGCCCUUGUAG